AUGACAGAUUGAUAAUUCUUACUACGAAAAGAACGAGGAGUUUAAAAGUACGUGUAAAACCUUGAUCCUGCUGGAUAUAUUUUAUGAUUAAAAGAGGCAGAGAGGCAACAAUCUUCAUACAGAUUUGUUGCUUCUCCCAUUUGUUAUAAUCAAAAGCUGGCUGUGUUACAAAAUAUGCUAAAUGAAAAACGUGACGUAUGUUUAUGUGAGAAAGUAAGGCAUAAGGAGAGAAGUCACCAAAGGGAUAGUUCUGACCGGAUAUACGAGGCAUAAAUCAUUCGAUCAUGUCUAGUGCAUAGAAGCGUUAACUUAUUCAUUAAAGCAGUGUGUGUGAGCAAAAAUAGAAUUCAAAAUCGAAAAGGUUCAUACAAUCCCACAUCUAAUAGUAUCUCCAGCAGUUUAACCGUCAUCAAAUGUUGAGAAUAAGUUGACACCAUAAUCGACGAGUGCUACAUAUCAACCAUAAUACAAAAUAAAUAUUUGGAUAAAAUUGUUAUUUGCAUGCAUAGUACAACAUGGACAACGAAUCAAAAUUGCGGGACGUCAGUAGUGAGGCUUUAACAACAACCCCACACAUAUACACCAAGUCUAUAUUAACCGCUUUCGACUGGAAAGAGUUUGCAUGCGGGUGUGGGGCAGCCUUUAUAAAUAUAGGCGUCACCUAUCCAAUUUAUAAAAUGAUUUUUCGCCAAAUGCUCCAUGGUGUGCCAAUAACUUCAGCUUUCGGCCAGUUACGACACGAAGGCUUAGGAUUUCUCUAUCGUGGUAUAUUCCCGCCAAUGGCACAAAAAACAAUAUCGUUGUCAAUUAUGUUUGGUGUGUUUGAUGGUUCACGCAGAUAUUUAAUUGACAACUUUAAUAUAAACGCAUACACGGUUAAAAUAAUUGCUGGUAUUACAUCAGGCACAGUUGAGGCUGUACUACUUCCUUUCGAAAGGAUACAAACAUUAUUGGCACAUUCAAAAUACCAUGCGUAUUUCGCUAAUACUCCGCGAGCGUUCAAUUAUGUACUAGUACAUCAUGGAUUUUUAGAGCUAUAUAGAGGUAUUGUGCCAGUAUUGUGGCGAAAUGGACCAUCGAAUGCCAUGUUCUUUAUGCUUCGGGAGGAAGUUUCAUUAUUUCUACCAAAGACUACGUCGAAAACAAGCAAAGCAGCACAGGAAUUUGUUGCGGGUGCAAUUAUCGGAGCGUCAAUUAGCACACUUUUUUAUCCGCUAAAUGUUAUAAAAGUUGCCAUGCAAAGCGAGAUGGGUCAAAAAUCGGAAACAAUGUGGACGAUAUGCAAACGAAUAUAUUUUGAGCGAGGAAAUCGUAUAAAAUAUUUCUACAGAGGAUGUGGCUUUAACUCUUUUCGUUCCUUUAUUAGUUGGGGAAUUAUGAACACCGCUUACGAAAACUUGAAGAAAAUUAUUUCAUAAAAAUGUAAAUGGCGCUGAAUUCAUUUCGGCAGCCGAUUAUAGCGCACAUAGAAUGUCCGUUUAUGACAGUGUUGCAGAGGACUGAAUCGAGCCGAACGAUACCUGAUACAUGGUACGUUUAUGUAUUUUAAGGCGGUGCAGUAUCGUCCUGAAACCAAACGAGAAAUUUUGUUAGAUUUUGUAUAUAGCAAAUAAGAAUUUGUGUUUUGAAAUGUGUUACUAGCUAAAUUUCUUUUGUAAAUUUAAGUAAAAUUAAAUUUUAUUUAAAUAUUUUUUUUUUUUAUAAACUGCCCUUAGAACUUCUCAUUCUAUAUACAUUGUAACAUAGUGUACUGCAUAAAUUAAAAAUUUGAAGCUA